AUGGAGACUCCUGCUCUGCUCCCCCUUGUCCUGCUCCUCAUGGUCCUGGUUCAAGGUUCAGCCAUGACACACCCCAAACCCGCCUGUCGCUACCCGCCCUCGCAGUGGUGCCACUCUCUGGAGAUCGCCGUCCAGUGCAAGGUGCUGAAGCAGUGCAUGGAGCUGCGAGCGCUGCGUCCUCAGAAUGCGCCUCUGGUCUCGGUCUCUGUCUUCUACCGCAGUCUGUGUCCGGCCUGGAGACGCUUCCUGGUUCACCAGCUGUUCCCCACAUGGUCCAUGCUACAGGACAUCCUCCGUGUGCACCUGGUACCCUACAGCAGCUCCAAGGGCGCCCCCUCUGAUUGGUUUGUUCCGUGUCAACCCGAAGAUCCGGAGUGCAGUGUGAACAUGAUCGAGUCCUGUGUGUUGGAGCUCUCCGGGGGGUCCGGGCUGGAGGUGGUCAGUUGUAUGGAGACCUCCGCAGACGUCCUCAGCGCUGCCAGAUCCUGUGUGCGUCUCUUCGCGCCCUCCGUGUCCUGGGCUGCGGUACAGUCCUGUGUGAGCGGCUCUCGGGGCCCCCUGCUGGUGAACCAGAGCAUUUCAGCCACACGCGCCCUCAGCCCCUCCCCCAGCCACCUGCCCUGGGUCACCAUCAACGGAGUGAGCCCACCUGAGCCAGACUAA